UAGCUCGAGUUGAUAGACAGAAAUAAAAACACUCUCAAAACGUUACAAAACCUCUUCACAUUUUUCUUCUUGCUACCCCUUAAUGGCUUCUGACGAGAGCAUGGUCAUCAACUCUUCUUCAGUUCUAGACGAAGAGUACGACGAUACCGAUGAUGGGUUUCAUUACCAGACCAGACAAAGCAGUUUGUCUAGGUUAUCUAUCUGCACGAGCUCCUUUCACGACGACGAUGACGAUAACUUCACAAGUCAACCUUCUGAACUGGGUACCUUCAUGUCUGAGCUCUCUCUGGAGAGCUUCGACGACGUAGGAGCCGAGGCUGACGGAGAAAUCUCCGACGGUGAAGAUUCAGAUUCCGAUAAGGAAUCUUCAGGGUUCUACUCUCUCCCGACGAUCAUGUCUCGCCGGAGAAGAAAAGUCAACGAGAUGACGAACGUCGAUGGCAGUACUGUAGUUAAGCAGAGAAGCUACGGUCACGGUUUUAACGGUGUGGAGAGAGACGGAGACGGAAAACGUUACGGAGGAGAGUUGACGGUGUUAACUAAUGUGAAAGGAGGAAAGAAGUCGAUGAAGAUGGGUUUUGAGGAAGUGAAGGCUUGUAGAGAUCUCGGGUUCGACGUGGAAGUUCCGGGUCGGGUUUCAGUAUCCAUCGGGCCAAACCGGGAGACUCAGACAAGUAGUGGAAGCAACUCUCCGAUUGCCAACUGGCGUAUCUCGAGCCCUGGAGAUGAUCCGAAGGAGGUUAAGGCGAGACUGAAGAUGUGGGCACAUGCAGUUGCUUUAGCUUCCGCGUCACGUUAAAGCUUUCUUAUGUUAGGGUUGUUCUUUCGAUAUUUAGGUUUUUUAUUCUUGUCCUAUUGUCUUAUGAGUUAUUAUCAGUUUUUUUCUUGAAUCUGUAACUCUUCUACUGGGUUUGUAAAUAUGAAAGGUAUAACUAUAUGUUUUUUGUUCAAUGUUGAUAAAAAAAAGCUACUCAA